UGCCGCCCGUUGUGUAUUCGUGUAUACACUUUUUUUUCUAACUGCAAUCAGUAUAUUGAUUUUUCGCCCCCGCUUUUCCAUUGAAGUCUACGGCACGGGCAGAGCAUAAACAUAAGAAUCUAUUGUAAAAAUGUCGGAGUGCGCCGCUUCAGCCAGCAAUGUGAAUGCCAAUGAAAAGAUGGCCAGCUUGCUGAAGGAGGCGGAAAAUUUGAAAGCCAAACUAGAAGAGGAGCGCCAAAAACUGAACGAUGUCAGUCUCUCAACCAUUGCUGAAAGGCUGGAGCAGAUAGCCUUCGUAAACAUAAAGCCACGUAAGGUGCUGAAAGGUCACCAGGCGAAAGUGCUGUGCACCGACUGGAGUCCCGAUAAGCGCCACAUUAUCUCAUCAUCUCAGGACGGGCGCCUAAUAAUCUGGGAUGCGUUUACCACAAACAAAGAGCACGCUGUGACAAUGCCAACCACUUGGAUAAUGGCAUGUGCGUAUGCGCCAUCCGGCAACUAUGUGGCCUGUGGUGGCCUGGACAAUAAAGUAACCGUAUAUCCGAUUACCUCCGAUGAGGAAAUGGCAGCCAAGAAGCGCACUGUCGGCACGCACACCAGUUACAUGUCGUGCUGCAUCUACCCCAAUUCAGAUCAACAAAUACUCACAGGCAGCGGCGACUCCACAUGCGCUCUGUGGGACGUCGAAUCUGGCCAACUACUGCAAAGUUUCCAUGGCCACUCCGGCGACGUGAUGGCCAUCGACUUGGCGCCAAAUGAGACGGGCAACACCUUCGUCUCUGGCAGCUGUGAUCGCAUGGCCUUCAUUUGGGACAUGCGGUCUGGCCAUGUUGUGCAGUCCUUCGAGGGCCAUCAGUCGGACGUGAACAGUGUCAAGUUCCAUCCAUGCGGCGACGCCAUCGCUACGGGCUCCGACGACAGCAGCUGUCGUCUGUUCGACAUGCGCGCAGACCGCGAAGUAGCCGUCUUUGCCAAGGAGAGCAUUAUCUUUGGCGUCAACUCAGUGGACUUUUCAGUCAGUGGGCGACUCCUCUUUGCCGGCUACAAUGACUACACCGUCAACCUCUGGGACACACUCAAAUCGGAACGCGUCUGCCUGCUGUACGGCCACGAGAACAAGGUCUCCUGUGUGCAGGUCUCACCCGACGGCACAGCGCUGUCCACUGGCAGCUGGGACUACACCAUCCGAGUGUGGGCCUAAGCCAUAAAACCAGCAAAAAUAUAUGUGUGUGUAUUAUACGAAUGUGCAUAUGCAUAUAUAUGUAAAUUGAAUCUGUUGAGCAUGCUCCUGCUGUUGUUUGUCAGCUUUCAGCUUUUUUUUUUCUGUCUGCGUGUUACACCAAAUACUAUAUACUUUAAGUAUGAUGCAAAGGAGGCGAAGUGCACGCAACCAAUCCAAAGAGAAGGAGCUCGUGUAUAUCUAUGUAAACAUAUUAUGCGCUAGUUCUAAGUUCCUGUUCGAAAUAAAUGUUGAAGCGAAAACCAAA